AUGGAGGGCGCGGGCUGUGUGACCUGGUGGGGAUUCAGUCCUGCGCUUGACCUCCUGCGCAGAGGCUCAGAGAGGCAGGAGGGUGAGGUAAAUGUUUUACUGGUGGGCAGUGGUGACCCAAGACACAUACUCAAGACCAUUGCUGGCCUGAGAGACACAGAUACCCUUCAUAUAUGGGUGAUAGAGAAUAGUAUGGACGUGGUGGCUCGUCAACUGCUGCUCCUCUUUCUAGCUCUGACACCCCAGGAGAGCAUGGGACUUCACGAAAAGACGGAGGUUUUCCUGGAGUUGUUUGGGAACAGUGAGGUCCGCAGUCAGACAGAGGAGACACUGAGACACGUGGCGUCACAACUGUCUCUCUCAGUCACUGAGACACUAGAAACACCCACAAAUCCCUGCCUGGACACCACUCAUCUCAGAUUCAAGGAGCGCGACGAUUUGGACAGGAUAUUCAAGCAAUGGAUCCACCCUCCCCCAUCUGCACGUUCUGCCCAUGUAUCAAUAGCCAAGGCCUGGGACGGCCGGGUCCGGCAGCACCUGGGCACCCGCUAUGACUCCAGGGCGGGCUGCUUCGACUGGGACCUCACCAUGAAGCUACACCAGAAAGGGUGUGGUGUCAUCAACAAACAGCACUACAAACUAUGGAGGGAGCGGGGCGUGGCCUUUGAGAUGAGGGAGGGCAUCUAUCAAAUGGCCAAUGAGAGCUUACUCUCUACGCGGGUAUUCAGUCAUAGGGGUGACAAAAUGGCAAUGAGGGGAUACUGGGGAGACAUUGUGUCCAGUCCUUACCUCUCCUUUGGCAUCGAGACAGAUGACGAGAAACUGCUGCAGAAACAGAAUGGGCAACACGUCAAGACAGCCCAGGAUAUCUCGUAUGUGAACGUGCAGGCGCUGUUCAAGUCUUUGUCCUGUAGAGGGGGCACUCCCCCUACCCAGACAUGCAGUGAGGAGGGGAAAGAACUUGUAGCACUGGAGCCAGUGUCACAACCAGAGGCUCAUCACAAAUCACAAAUCAACGAACUCAUGCACCUGAAUGGGGUGUCAGUGACUUUCCUGCCCCUGGACUCUCUCUCCAAACUGCCAGAGAAACAGAAAUACUCCCACUUUUUCAACAGCAUCUACUGUGCUGCCAGUAUGGUGCACCAUUUGAGCCCGACACUGAGACAGAUUGCUGCACCCAAAGCCGCCCUCGUGGUGGAGCUGGCCAAGUACCUAUUGGAUCUUACCAAGGAGCAGGAGGUGGGAUUUGCCGAGAAAGUUGGUGACGUCGCCAAAGAGGCGGGGUUUGAGCCCUCACAGGAGGAGAAGAGGGAUGUUUAUGCCACGUUCACGCUACAGGAGGAGUGA